AUGAGGUUGAUUUCUGCCAAGAAGUUCACAAAAGAUGGCAAAAUUCGGUUCAAAGAGUUCUACCGCAACAUUCCUUCCUACGCAAUCCUCUCGCACACCUGGGAAGAUGGCGAAGAGGUCACCUUUGAGGACUGCAAGUCCCCGAUCGCCAAGGAUAAGAAAGGCUACAAGAAGAUUCAAAACACAUGUAGACUUGCGAUAGGCGAUGGCAUCGAAUAUGUAUGGAUCGAUACAUGCUGCAUCGACAAGUCGAGCAGCGCCGAGCUGACCGAGGCGAUAAACUCGAUGUACCAGUGGUACCAGCAAGCCAAGGUUUGCUACGCCUAUCUGUCAGAUUUGCAAGAUGGGAACCUGAAAGACUGUCGGUGGUUCAGUCGCGGUUGGACCUUGCAAGAGCUCAUUGCGCCCAAAACCAUCCAGUUCUUUGAUCGAUCUUGGAAGAAUGCUGGCGACAAGAUGAGCCUCCUCAAGCAACUCUCGACAGUAACCAACAUCGACGCCGGCAUAUUGAGUCACAAAGUUCCGCUUUCUUCGGCAUGCGUUGCAAAGCGGUUCUCUUGGGCUGCUAAGAGGAAGACUACCCGGGAUGAAGACCUGGCCUAUUGUCUCCUGGGAAUCUUCAACAUCAACAUGCCUAUGCUCUAUGGGGAGGGGCGCAAGGCGUUUACACGACUGCAAGAGGAGAUUAUCAGGACCACCAACGAUUUGAGCAUCUUUGCUUGGACUUGGCGCGGUAGCUGGGAUGGACGCCCUUAUCUCAGUUUCCUUGCUGAGGGACCGGAGGACUUUACUUGGUGUUCGAACCUUACACUGAGAACAGACCCAUUGGUCAAUGAAUACGAAAUGGCCAUCACCAACAAGGGAAUUCAUAUGCAAGGACCUCACUGGGUCUCGGAGUACAAGGAUGGCGCUAUCCGCUAUUCCCUUUCACUCCAAUGCACUAACAAGGAUGAGCAAAACCGACCUAUCCUCAUCCCCAUGCGCAAGGCUGGACCAAACAUUUUUAUGAGAGCGGCCAAGUCGGGAAGAAUGGACCUGAGCCUCGGAAUCACCAGUUCUUAUCCAAUCAAAUCCAAGUCUUUUACUCUGCUCACAAGGUUACCACCCGAGCAGCUGACCUCUGGAAGCUUGGUCUCCAUCUUCCGCCACGUUGCUGUCGCCGUCGAGUUUCCAUCUGACGUCCCGAGACUGGGCGUGCAUGGAAUACCGCAGAAGCAUUGGGAUGUAGAAGACUCCUUCUUCUUCAGUCCCGACAGCACGGUGCGACGUUGGGGCUGCGUCAGGCCUUCGGGGAUGAGCGGCGAAAUGCUCGUGUGCUUUUGGCACAAGUCGAACAACGAGUGGGAAUUCCAAGGAACCAUCCUCAACUCGUCCGAGGAGGGCAUGGAUGGGCUUAUGCAAGAUCUGUUUGUUUUCGCCGAAGCUCUUGACUAUCCAGCUGAAGUUGUGGAAGGGGUGCUUAGACGCCAUGGAGUCAAGCUGGGCCAAAAGUCGAUCCUGGUUUGGCAUGGUGGGAAGAAGUUCCGGGUUUAUUUCCAAGUCGAGCGUGUCAAUGACCGAAGAAUUUGUUUUGGGCCUCACUUCAAAGUCAAGGUAUCGAGGGUGCCGCUAGACUAG